AUGUCAGGAAUCAUCCCUACCGACAAGAAGCAGCUCAGAGCCUGUCUACUCUGCUCCCUCAUCAAGGCAAGGAACCUAGGAUUCACUCCCUCGAACAAGCAACAUAAGCAGGAGCAGUUCUUCAAGAGCGGAUGUGACAACUGCGAAUCCCUUCUGGAAAUGAGAGGACAUAUGGACCGUGUCAUGGAUUGUACCAGCCAGCACUACGACGGUGCAAUUGCUGUUAUGCAGCCUUCAGAGAGCUGGGUCGCCAAAUGGCAGCGUAUCGAUAAAUUCGAAAAGGGAAUCUACGCUGUUCAGGUACAGGGACGACUCCCCGAGGAGAUUGAAGACGAGCUCGAGGGCAAAGGUAUCAAGUACAGGCCAAGGGAUGGCUCGGCCAGGGAUUAA